AUGAACCACAAACCGGGACCAACGUUUUGGAAAAAAGAAUUCGCUUGGUCUUAUUCAACCGUCGAGAGACUGGCAAUAGCCAAGACUAAACGGCUGGGCAAUAUUUUCAGAGAAUACGCUCGUUACUGUACCGUUCACGGAGUCCAAUACAUUUUUAAAGAUAAUUCCAGUGUCAUUGAACGGUGCGCUUGGUUAAUCAUCGUGUUGACCAGUUUUGUUUGCGCUAGUAUUUUGGUACAUACCAUGUGGCUAAAGUUCAACUCCUCGCCGACAGUUACCGCGGUCAAGGACACGCACUUGGCGUUAUACUCUCUCCCGUUUCCAGCCGUCAACGUCUGUCCAAUGGACAAGAUAAAACGUUUGGUGGCCCAUAAGUACGUGGCCGACAGAAUAAACGUUUCAUAUCAAGAGUCCGAAUUGGACAAUUUCCUCAACGCGUUGACACUAUUUCAGCACCCACUUUACAGUAGAAUGUUACACUACAUAAAUAACGGAAUAGGUGGUUUUUUUUCCAAAUUAACCACCAUCAAUAUUACAGAUUUUAUGUUACAGGUAAUGCCGACAUGUAACGAAGUGUUCAACGCUUGUUUUUGGAUAGGACACUCUUACAAUUGUUGCGACUUGUUCAGCUUACAGAGAUCUGAGGAGGGGUUUUGCUAUUCAUUCAACUCACUGACUUCCGUGAAAAAAUCGGCUUGUCCCAUGUUUAGCACCCUGGAGACUGAAACGGAUACGGCUUAUACAAACUCUACGAACUGGGAAUGUGUACUGAGACGGAAUACAGCAGCCGGUUCUACUUCGGGAUUGCAAAUUUUUUUCAAGCAAUUUGCUAAAUCAGAACGCUUGAUAAACGCUUCUAUAAUUACUGGUCAACCGGCUGUCAGGGUUCAAGUAUUUUAUGUGAACGAGUAUCCAGAAUCCGGUAUGGGCAGCAUUGUCACGGCAAAGAAAGGGACUAAACUAAGUAUUAUGGUAAAACCAUUUGUCACAAUAAGCACGGAUAGAAUCAAACAUCUCCCCGUGGUGGAGAGGUUUUGUUAUUUUCCCGAUGAACAACAUUUGAGUGUGUCGAGGUCGUACACUCAAAAGUCAUGUCUUAUAGAAUGCCGUUUAAAUUAUUUACACAGAAAAUGCGAUUGCCGUCCAUAUUAUUUCAACAUGCUCGAUAAUCGUAUACCGAUAUGCAACUCGACACAGCUGUUAUGCAUCGCACAGCACAAUAGUGAGUUACGUUUCUACAGUCCACCGAUAGGCAACAUAAGAGGUUUCCUGCUGACAGAGAUGAAAUCACCUCUCAACUGUUCCCAGUGCUUGCCAACGUGCCACGAAAGCGUGUUUGAUCUGGACGUGGAUUAUUCGUUGGAUUCGCUGCCACUGACGAGGAACAGUUACGGAUCUGUGGACAUAUUCUAUAGGAACGAGGGAGCAGUGAAGUAUGAGAGGGACGUGACGUUCGGCUGGAUCGACUUGCUAGUGUCAUUUGGAGGCAUUGCUGGUCUGUUUUUGGGAUUUAGUUUGUUGACAAUUAUUGAAUUUGUGUACUGGGGUAUUAAGUUCCUCAUAUAUCAAUACAAUAAGCCUUCUUCAUCAACAAAUAAGAUAACACCUAAAUAUUAA